AUGAACCAAAAAAGCCUUAGAUCGGAUAGCUAUGACUCUAUACAACAGUCAGGAAACGCAGGAAAAGAAGAUAUGCAUGACCAAGGAAGUCGAUUUUUGCUACCAGCCUCAUUCACAGGAGGACCAAGAUACAUGAAGAACAACUAUCUUGAUGCAAUGGCUAUAUGCAAAUAUUUUGGGUUUCCUGAUUUGUUUAUAACAUUCACCUGCAAUCCGAAAUGGCCAGAAAUCACCAGAUAUCUACAACAGCGCCGCCUCACUGCUGAUGAUAGACCCGAUAUUAUUGGAAGGAUUUUCAAAAUCAAGCUUGAUUCUCUCAUGAUUGAUUUAACAGACAAAGAGCUUCUAGGGAAGACCGUCUCUUCAAUGUACACUGUGGAGUGGCAGAAACGUGGCCUACCUCAUGCUCAUAUUCUCUUAUUCAUGCAUCCUAAUUCCAAAUUUCCAACCACUGAUGACAUUGACAAGGUUAUCUCUGCUGAAAUUCCAGAUAAAGACAAAGAGCCAGAGCUUUAUGAUAUUAUCAAAUAUGAUGAUUCAUGGUCCUUGUGGAGCUAUGUAACUACAGUCAACAAAGAAGGGUUUCCUGUUUAUAGAAGACGAGAACAGACAAAUAGAUUUGUUGAGAAAAACGGCUUCAAGUGUGACAACAGAUAUGUGAUACCAUACAACAAGGAAUUGUCUCUUCGUUUUCGAGCUCACAUCAAUGUGGAAUGGUGCAAUCAAUCAGGUUCUAUAAAAUACUUAUUCAAGUAUAUUAACAAAGGCCAGGAUCGUGCCACUAUUGUUGUUGAGCCCCCUGAUAAAGAAGCACCAGACCAGAACACUUCAACAAAUGGAGAGUUGAAUGAAAAGAAAAAAAAUGAAAUCAAGGACUUCUUCAACUGCAGAUAUGUCUCAGCCUGUGAAGGUGGUUGGAGGAUUUUUACGUUUCCUAUUCACUAUAGAUCAACACCCGUUGAGAGAUUACAGUUUCAUCUACCAGGAAAACAAAUCAUUAUCUUCAAAGAUGAUGACACGUAUGAAAAAGUUACCAGCAGGAAGCUUAUUGAAAACACUAUGUUUUUGGGCUGGUUUGAAUUGAACAAGGUCAGUGCAGUAGCUCGGACUCUGACUUUAGCUGAAAUUCCAACAAGGUUUUGUUGGAAUAAGAAAGAAAAAAAGUUUCAUGAUAGGAAGAAAGGAUUCAGUAUUGGGAGAAUCAACUAUGCCCCACGUGACAUUGAAGAAGCGUUCUACAUGCGUGUAUUGCUUAACAUUGUGAGAGGUCCAACGUGUUAUGACGACAUUAAAACGUUUCAAGAGGUUCUUCAUCCUUCAUACAAGGAGACAUGUUUUGCAAGGGGACUGUUAGAAGAUGAUCAGGAAUAUAUAGACGAUCUCAAGUCGUUUGGGAACAUACUUGGGAGUUCCUUUCUGAAGACAUUGAGCAUACGAGAAGAAAGCUAUUACAUAGACCAGAGAAUUGAGAAGCUUCUAAAGAGUAAUGGAACAUCUUUGGAGAAGUUCAAAAAGAUGCCUAAACCACUACCAGAUAUAGUUAAUAAUAACGUUUUGAUCAUGGACGAGCUCAGUUACGACCGGCAGGAAUUAGAAGCUGAUCUUCAGCGUGACACUCCAAACUUACGGAUGAGCAAAAGAAGAUUUUUGAUGAAAUUACUGAUGCUGUUAUUACGAAAAAAGGAGGCGUCUUUUUUGUCUAUGGAUUUGGUGGUACAGGCAAAACUUUCUUAUGGAGAUUGCUUUCUGCAGCAGUACGUGUCAGGGGCGAAGUAUGUCUGA